AUGCGUCGAAGACAACAACGUGAACGGUGUUUCCUGGAAUGGCUUUUAGAAGUGCUCGAUGAACGCCGCUCGCCCAAAAACGCUUAUUGGCUAGAUGAGAACGCCAAAAUUUUUGCCGUGCGAUGGGUCCAUGCGAAGUCUCCUUUGUGGACAGAAGAAUGUGCAGGCUUGUUUAAGGUUUGAUGCAGUUUAUGAUAAUAAUGAGUUGUGUGUUGCUGCAUAAUUUUAGCCAUGGUCAGGAAAUGCGAUAUGCAAUUAUACACAUUAUAAAAACCGUACAGCUUGUCAACAAGAUGUGUUCGCAACAGGCUUGUAGCAAGCUUGUCAACAAGUUGUAACAAUGCUGUUAUUUCAUCAAGUUGCUACAAGGUUGUCACUCGCAACUUGUUGACAAGUUGUUGAAUUGCAGGACGAUAACACAGAAUGGGAAGUUAUACCAGAAGCGUAACUCUAGUCGUUUCCCUUAUUGUUUGACGUCCACGAAAAUUUUUAACUCGCUCACGUCAGGCCACGCCAUCCUGGCUAGUACAGCCGGAAGUUUUUAUCAGGAUUUGGUAGGUACAAAGUGCCGGCUGUACUAGCCAGGAUGGCGUGAUUGAUGACGAAUCGCUUGUAAAAACGCGGACAAAUAUUUGCUCGAGUUACGCUUCUGGUAUAACUUCCUAUUCUGUGACGAUAACAAGUCUGUUGAGCUCAGCAACCUUGUAGCAAGUUGUCAACAAGCUGGGAACAAGCAGUGCGAACACAUCCUGUUGACAAGUUGUUGGAACAGAAUUGCUACAAGUCUGCUGCAGGUUUGUUACAACUUGUGCGUUUUUAUGUGUGAAAAUAAAUAAUUGUGAUUAAAAAGCUCAUUAAUAAUUCAUGAGGAAAAUUUGUAUUUUCCUCAAGAGAAAUGAAUGUUAAAUCAAUGUUUGUAAAUCGGAUAAACAUUUGUCCUGAUUUACAUAAACUUCAGCUUUGAUUUUCUCGGCUUAGACAAUGUUUAUUUUUAACAUUACUUCGCCAAUGAACUCAUAAGAUGGGUCGUUUUUUAAGCACGCUAAAACAUUCGCAUUCGAUCUUUAUCUGAUAUACAAACUCUCGCCUUCGGUUCGAGUUUGUAUAUCAGAUAAAGAUUGGCUGCUCAUGUUUUAAAUAGUACUUUAAAAAUUAUUAUUAUAUUUAUUAUAAAUAGCUGUGGAAAAGCGAAGGUCGUCGAACGUGGAGGAACCGAAGCACUGAUUCCGAAAAACAAUCGAAAACAAAUUUCAGAAUGAACUUACGAUCGACUAAUUUUGUGGAAGUGACCGACAAUUACAAGGAAAAAUAUUUUGAGUUCCCAGUACGGGUUUUCAAGAUUAAUAACACAACAAACAACGUUGGAGAAAUGGUAAGAACUUAGUCUAUUUUGCGAAAUCGUUUAUACACUACACAUGUGAAAAUCUCACAUAUUGUAGCAAGUCUGCCAACAAGCCGUCAACAAGUUGUGUUCGCACUGCUUGUCCCAAGUUGGCAACAAGUUUGGAACAAGCUGUUAACAGCUUGUAGCAACCUUGUUGAUAUUAUCAGACUUGUUGCAAGGUUUUUCUAACAAGUCCGACACAGUCAUGAUAUAACAAUAUUGUUACAACCUUGUGUCGUCAACCUUGUAACAUUCUUGUUAUAUCAUGACUGUAUCAGACUUGUUAUAGAACAACCUUGUAACAAGUCUGAUAAUGCCAUCAAGCUUGUUCCAAACUUGUUACAACAACUGGGAACAAGCAGUGCGAACACAACUUGUUGACAACUUGUGAACAGAUUUGUAACAACUUGUUUUCAGACCUGUAAGUUGUUAUCAUCUUGUAACAAGGUUGAUGAGGCCAACAGACUCGCAACAAGUUGUUCCAACAAGUCUGAUAUCGUCUGCACGUAACAAGUUGUUAACAAGUUGAUGACAACAAGCUCGUAGCAACUUGUUACGAACAGCCUGUAUUAGUCUUGUUGGAACAACUUGUAGCAGUCUUUAAUUACUUAAUCUUUCCUGAUUAAAUUAUUUAAUUACACCCAAUUAAUGACAGACUAUCAAAUUUUUCAAGGUAGAGCAAAGAGAAGCGAUCUUCGAACCAGUCGUCCAAAAUACCCAAAUCCUGAAUUCCGACCAAUUCUCACCCGGGAAAAACACCCCAAAAUUUUACUCGUGGUCCAAUAACCCGUCGGGCAUAACGAUUGGAAUGACCAACGAUUGGAAUUCAGAAUCAUCGAAUAGAACAUGCUCAAAAUGGAAUACGAGCUUAAAUUAUUUAAACAGCUUUUCACCAGAGGUUUUCAAUCAAUUCUACCAUCAAAGCCACCACGAUAAGAGAAAUAGCCCUAUCGUAGAACUUCAAUCUGUCAACCAAUUUAAAAACGAAAGGACGAAUGAGCUAUAUCCAGUGUUUGAGCCGUAUCAUGUCAUAGAGGAUAUUGCAGGUUAUUUAUCGGGCUUAGAUACCUCUGGUUACCCGGGUUGUAUUCCAGAAUUAUCACCCUGCAACCUGGGCAAUAUCACGAGUUACAACCCUGGCCAAUAUCAACCGACACUGUUAGAAUCUCUACUUACGAAUGAAAAUACCAGUGGCGACCUGUCGCAAAGUACCUCGCAUCCUAGCCGAGAAUCCCUGGGAACGAGUAUGGCCACUUUACGUCACAGUCUAGUUACCAGUCCAACUGACAGUGGCUUCAUGGAACGGUCGAGUACAGCGAGUUUCUCAAGCAGUUGCAUGAGUUGCGAAGAGACGUCAGGGAAUUUUGACGAUAUUUAUUCGACGUGGUCAUUAGACAAUUUUUCUGACUCCGUUUUUGAAUAA